AUGGAUUAGAAUAAUAGUUUAUAACCUGGUUUGAUAUUAGAUCAAAGGUUCAAAUUGUUGAAGAAAAUCGGGAGUGGAAGUUUCGGAAUAGUGUAUUUGACUUUCGAUUUGGACGAGAAAGAAUAUUGUGCGACUAAAUUCGAGAAUCGUAAUCUGCAAAUGAGAAUGAUGAAUAGAGAAAUAUUAAUAUUGAAGCAAAUGAAAGGAAUUAAUGGAUUUCCGGAUUUGAUACAUAAUGGAAAAGAUCGAUAAUACUCCUAUUAUAUGAGCACAUUAUUGGGAGAAAAUCUUGAGAUCCUGUUAUAAAGAUGUGGAGGUAAGUUUUCCCUCCAAACCACAUUGUAAUUGGCAAUUCAACUGAUUGAUCGUUUGGAAGUCUUUCAUAGCAUGAAUUUUAUACAUCGAGACAUCAAACCUGAAAAUUUUCUGAUUUCCAAAGAAGAUACAUCCUUAGUGUAUCUGAUUGACUUUGGCUUAUCAAAAUAUUAUCGAAUGGCCGAUGGAAAACACAUUGAAUUUUCUCAGAAAACAGGAGUUAUAGGAACUGCUCGUUAUGCCAGUAUUAAUACAUUGCAAUGGAUGGAACAAUCAAGAAGAGAUGAUUUAGAGAGUUUGGGUUAUAUGUUGAUUUAUUUCGUAAAGGGAGAAUUGCCGUGGUCUAAUGUCAAAGCAUUUUGUAAAGACGACAAGUAUGAUCAAAUACUGUAAGUGAAAAUGGGGAUCCCUCUCAGUUAACUUUGUUUCAAUUUACCGAAAUGUUUCAUAAAUUACUUCUAGCAUGUGAAAUCGUUGCUAUUUCAACAAUAACCAAACUAUUCUCAUUUAAGAAAUCUGUUUGAAAAACAACUCUAAGACUAUGAUCAUCAACUCUAUGAUUGGGAACUAAAGCUAAUGGAAAAGCAUACCUAAGAUGUCCUCAUCGAUCCUGAUACCAUACCCGAUAUUAGAUUAUAAUCUGAAAUUGAUUUAGUUCCUCCAGUUGAUGAAGAAGGAGAAGCAUUUCACUUAAAAUAAGAGAAUUAACACAAUGUUAAGUUCAUGAAAUAAUUACAUGAAAAAUACUUUGAUCAGAAUACCUAUAAACAAUAGGAUGAAUUCUUUUUGCAAAAACACACUUCCAUAGAACCUAAGAGUUAAGCGACAAGCAAAUAAAAUAAUUAUUAAAUUAGCAAUCACACUUUAAUUCAAGUUGAAUCAUAACCAUACAUUCAUAACAAUCCUAUGUAGUUCACUAAAAGAAAAGAUUCGAAAUCUUAUACUUCUUUUAAACAAAGUCAAGAACAUAAAGAAAAUAGAAAAUUUCGAUUAUCUAAUGACGAUUACGAUUUGGAUAUGGCUAAUGAUGAUGGGCCUAACCUAGACUUAAAGAAUCUCGAAGUCAAUUACUUUUUAAAAUGA